AUGACCAAGACCGAGUGCGAUCGCGGUCCUUUGGGAGUCCACCUUCAGACUGCGUCCAGUAUCCCUCUCGGAGGCGAACCCCCUCCCUCCCAGCAGUCAGCACAGGCCUUCUCUAAAAAACGAGAGGACAAGCAGAAACAUGUUGUGUCUCAGCCAGAUGAUCCUGAUACGCUAGUCUCAUCACCCGAUCAGCUAGCGGGUGCUCCAGGUGUUUGA